GAUUGUAGCGGUGCGUUCUAUCUCGUACAGUCCACCUUAAGCGCACAAUGUGAGCAACGCAGGCGUACAGCAAGGCUUCCGCUUCAUUCCCAGCCGGGCUCGGACCGGAUCGGAGCAGUAGCGUCACUUCAGAGACGACAAGACUGAGGCACUCGGCCAAACCCGACCGAACCCACCCAUCAGCAUGUCUGAACCGAGGUACCGUGACUGGAUUUUGGAGACCAUCGACUCACUGCGAUCGAGAAAAGCCAGACCAGACCUUGAAAGAAUUUGUCGAAUGGUCCGGAGACGGCACGGGUCAGACCCAGAUCGAACCCGUUCGGAACUGGAAAAACUGAUCCAAGAGCAAACAGUGUUGAAAGUUAGCUACAAAGGCUCAAUCUCCUAUCGAAACGCGGCAAAGGUGCAGAGAAAGAGCCGAAAAAAGACUGAACAGACGACCGGCAGUGGCGGAGCUGUGGGGGAACAAACCAAAUACGCCAAAUCCAAGAACAGCGACAGUGCGCACAGUCCCACGGAGACGAAGGAGACCGGGGGCAAAGACUCGGGUCUGAUUGAGACAAAACACUACAGUGACCCCAAGCCUAAAACAACGACCAUCGCCGCCGAGAAAACCGAAGCGGUUCUGGUCCCGGCUAGCGGAAACUGUCUCAGCUGUGGCGCAGCGGUUUGCAAGAGUCAAGCUCGUUGUUCAGCCGGGAGCGGCGGCGUGAAAGCAAGUGCACAGAAAGACAAGAAACUGCCGCAGACGGAGAGCAAGAGUGUUUUGACCGGUCGAGAUACAAUAACCAGCGAUGAUACAGAAACUGGUACUCCCAGUAAGACCAGGGGGUCUCGAGGAGUGGAAGCGGGCUUAUCCGGGCACGAGGGUAGUAAUGACAAGGAAAAGAAAACUUGCACGAGCGCUAGUGCCAGCAACAGCCACCCUCCCGGACACAAGCAGCAAGCGUCGCUCAAACACAAACUCGGUGUCGGGGCGAAGGCAGGGAGUCGCGGCGGGUCUGACCCCGCGAGUCCGGAUCUGGGCGACCAGCUGGUGGCUUCUGUUCGAAGCCUGGUCGAGAAGAGUCGGGGAGCCGCCGCAGCCCGGGGCCCCACGCCAUUAGGCUUGAAGGAGAUACUAGGUUUCCUGAGCUCACAGGAGCGCCUAUCGCAAGAGAAGCUCACCCGCAGCAAAGUCAAAGUGGUGCUCGAAAGAGAGGUGGCGAGGGGUCGGCUACGAAGGACCAGGUUUGGGAACAUCACUCUCCCUGUUCGGGGAGUGGGAGCGGCGAAACCGUCCGCGCGACUACUAAAGAGCGCACUGCAGGAUAGACACAUGGCGAAAAAGGUUGAGGUGAAAAAGGUAGCCACGGAAACGGAAUGUGUUACAGAAGAGAGGGUGGCAAAGACUCGAGAUGGGAGUGUCGGCACCCCAGGCUCACCUGGCACUCCGGACAAGGGGGCCGCUGAGUGUCUUGUCCCAAAGAGGGAGGCAGGAGUGCAGGGCGUUGCCAGGGGCAACUCAUCUCAGACCCUCUCCUGCCCUGACCCCGACCCCAUCUCCAUGGAUCAGCCACAGGCCACACCCCUCCUGGGCUCCAGCGUCAGCGCUGACAUCACAGACCUUCCCUGCAGUGCCCUGGGGAACCUCCAUCCAAUCUCCUCCUCCGAUCGCAUGUGUCCCUCCGGCUGCUUCGAGGAUAUGCAGACCGAGCUGCAGGGAGACACAGGUGAGCCGGAGGUCGGGGUGCAGCCGCGAGCCGUUUGUCCGUCCGCUCAGCGAGAGACAGCGAAAGGAGCUGAGGAGGUGACAGCGGAGGAGAGCGCCCUCACCCCGGACCAGCUGGUCUCGGACUCACAGAAUCAGGUGAUGGCUGUGGGAGAGGGCGGGAACCUCACCUCCUCCGUUCCUGCUGAAAGCUGUUCAGGGUACAAGAUGGAGGUGGACGAGGCAUCCUGCCUGCUAACGCCCACGGCCUCCCCACAGGACUCAAGGGGGAUGGAGGAACGAGAGAUGAACGGAGGAGUUUUUGUCAAGGCGGAGAGGGACGGGCAGAACCCGGUGGAGUGGAGCGUGGCCGACGUGGUGAGCUACUUCACCGAGGCGGGGUUCCCGGAGCAGGCCUCCGCCUUCAGAACGCAGGAAAUAGAUGGAAAGUCCCUGCUCUUGAUGCAGCGCAAUGACGUGCUGACUGGUCUUUCGAUCCGGCUGGGCCCCGCCCUCAAAAUCUACGAGCGUCACGUGAAGGUGCUGCAGAGGACCCACUUCCAGGACGACGGGGCUUUCUGCUGAGUGACAGCUCCCACUGCGCUGAAGAGCCACGCCUCCUCAUCACGCCAUACGGAGGAGUUUACCAGCAGCAUACCUGUGCACACACACACACACCUACGCAUACACAUACACACACACACACACACCUACGCAUACACAUACACACACACACACACACACACCUGCACACACACACACCUGCACACACAGACACACACACACACACACCUGCCACACAACACACACACAAACACCUGUACACACACACACCUACACCUACACACACACACACACCUACACAUACACACACCUGUGCACACACACACACACACACACACACACACAUACACACACCUGUACACACACACACCUACACACACACACACCUACACAUACACAUACACACACCUGUACACACACACACCUACACACACACACACACACACACACACAUACCUACACAUACACACACCUGUACACACACACACACCUACAGAUACACACACCUGUACACACACACACACACACACACCUGCACAUACGCACUCAUACCCGCACACACACACACUGUCACACACAAACACACUCACACACGCAUACACACUCACACACGCUCACACGUACACAGACGCAAAUAACGAAAUGUACAUAGAGACACACAUGUACACCAAAUACAUAUAUACUCGUGUAUGUGACAGACAAGCGCACUUUCGCACACACACACACACACACACACACAGUACCUUGGUCUCUCAGCUCCAGCGCCUGUCUUGGCCCAUCUAAGAGAACAGGACCCCCCAGUCUUGUGGGAAGGUGAUGUGCCUGUGUGUUCUGCUAUGGCAGUAAGUGUCCUCUCUCCCACCCUGUUCCAGCCCAGCAUCACUGACGCAGAGACACUCAAAAACAUGACUUAACUCGUCUGAAAUUCUUUUCUGGAACAACCCAAUUUUUAAACCGAGGACUUUAAAAGAAAAUAAUAAUAAAUUGUGGUAAAUGGACGUGAAGGGAGGGGGGUUCUAAAAUGCGUAUCAAAAGAAAACAAAAUCAAACCGAAAAAAAACUCCACCCAGCUAUGGUUGUUUAAAAUCAUCCAUCUGUCCAUUUGCCAAGUUGAUUUGUUAGUUUUAAACUCAUUGUGAAUGUUGCUUUUCUUGUGCAACCUUAUUUUUGGAUGUCUUUGAGGGUCAUGAAAGAUGAGUAAUGGAUGCAGUACCAGCUCUGUCCACCAGGGGUCCCUCUGUUACCUCCAGCAGGGACACUCUGCAUUCUCCCAUUUCAGUGAUGCCCAUGGCUACAAAUAGACUACCUUAAAUUCAGGUCAACUUUAUGGCUCCCAAGUACUCAUUAUUACUCAAGUCUUUUGGCCUGGCUGUCAUUUUUAGGCUUGUCAUUUUAAUGCUUAUGUCUGGCAACACAGGUGCUUCAGGUGUGCUUCUAAGCCUUGUCUCUUUUUAAAAAUAUUUUUAGCUGCUAAAAUUUGGUCAGGUUGUAUUAUGUGAUUGACACCACAAUGCAAUUCUUUUUAUUUUUAUUUUUUCUUUUUUUUAAAAAACUAUUUUGGUGUUUUUACAGACAUACUCUUGGCUGGAAAGUACUAUUUUUAAUCAAUUCAAAAUUUCACUCAUUAAUUUAUUUCACAUACACACUCUGGCUUUUUCUCCGGAAUUUCCCCUGAAGUUGAAAGUUUGAGGACCAGUGUUUAAUUUGUAGGGGGCAUGUUGUGUACAACACCAGCACACAGACUUGUUAUACAAGGCUGUAAGGGGUGGUGGGGAGGGGGAAGUAGAUGAGCUGAAGGUCUUGUUUUUGUUUAAAUACUUUGCCUCCAAAACAUAUUUGUUGUUGAUGACCCCCCUCCCUCCCCGUUUCCCGUAUUUUGUAUUUGGGGAGGGACCAGCGCCCGUUUGACCACAUCUCUUCGGCUUCGUGAAGCUGAAGCCACAUUCCUGCUUUUAAAGUUGCCAUCAAGCAAUAUUCCAUCACUCUGCUCAUCCCGGUCCAGUGUGUCCGUGUGGAUUCUCAGAGCUCAUGUUCCGUAAAGCUGGCUCCAGCAUCUCAAGCUGGUGAUGGUGUUGAGCAAGAUGGCUGUUUGGAAUCCAAUGUGAACGUAUUUGUCAGCAGAAAAUUAGUCAUUCUUUGUGUAGGUAAUGUUUUUUUUUUUUUUUUUUUAAAGAAGGAAAAGAAAACUAAAGAAAAUGUCAUUCAAAUAGUUCCUCCUGUUAUUGAGAGUUUUUUCCUUGUGCUGUAAGGUGCAGCUUAUCUACGGAAGGUUGGAAACCCCAGAAGAGAUGCAAAGAGUUUUUAGAAGUCGCUGAGAACAUUAAGAAUUGUGCUGUCGUCACAUGGUUCAAUACAGAUUUUGUUCGUCUGUGAAUUGUUGCCCAAAUUCUGUGUUUUCAGGAUUUUAAUAGAUAAGAUGCACUUUAGUGACUGAAGGGCGUAUGAGUGAAAACAUUUUUUAUGGCAUUCUUUUUUACGGUUAUUUUAUUCAGAGGAAUCCCUCCACAACCUGUUAUAUGAAUAUGACGACUUGCUGUGUGGGAAAAUGUGCAGGCCUGUGCAAUAUCGCUGCCUGCCCCAGGGUUUCUUUGUGUGUGUCCUGCACCAAAUUAAACUGAGUGCGGAAUAUGAAUUUAUUCAGCCUUUUUUUAAUUAUUGUUAUUGUUGUUGUUAUUAUUUCUUGAAGAGAAAUGUACACCAUUAUUGCUUG